AUGAAGAAUCUGAUACUAAUGAAUCUUUAAAUUUAUGGGCCAAUUCAGUUAUUUCAACUACUUCAAAUCAUUCACAAUUGCUUUUAAGAAUGGUUGUUUCUAAUGUGUUGCUCUUUACAUUUGUUGAAAAUGAAGAUACCAUUGCUGUAUUUAAGUUUUUAGCACCAGGAAUUAAAUUACCAAAGCUAAAGGUUAUAGGUGGCAAAGUGUUAAUGAAAAGUGCUCAAUUGUUGCAAAAUAAUAUUAUUAAAAUCACCAAGAAUGAUACGUAUGGUGUAACUGCAACAUUUGACACCUGGACAAAUGUGAAACAAGAGCAUAUUUUGAAAGUAGUUUUUAUAACUACAGAAGGACAAUCUUUAAUCUGA